AUGUCUAUGAAUAAUUCUCCAAACAUAUUUUUGGACCCACGUUUGAAUAGAUUUCAGGUGAAUGUCAUUAAUGAAAGCCAUGAGAACUCAAUUCAAUCUCAAGGAGACCCCGAUCCACAUUACGAAGAGACUUCUUUCGCUAAAGAUGUCACCAAGAGACUCCGCAUCAGCUACAAGUCUGGAACUCAAGAAACCUACGACCGUUUGUUCCAAAAUGGUGACACUGCUAAAACAGAUGGAAGCUUUCAUCCCUAUGACACGCAAAGUAACACCUAUUAUCUAAAAACGUUUGGCCAUAAUACCAUGGAUGUUGUGCCCAAGAUUGAUUAUUACCAGAAUACUGGAAGCAUCAGAGGGGUCAAAAUGAGCCGGCCAAGUCUGAUGGAUAUUCACGAACACAUGGCAAAGAAUAUCACGGUGACUUCAGUGGACAAAUUCAGUAAAGCAGAUGGCAACGCAGAAGAAGCUGAAUGCCGCAAGGAAGAAGAAACUAAAGGCAUAGUGAAAUUUGGAUGGAUGAAGGGUGUUCUGGUGAGAUGCAUGUUGAACAUCUGGGGUGUAAUGCUAUUUAUUCGUCUUUCCUGGAUCAUUGGCCAAGCUGGAAUUGGUCUUGGAGUUAUCAUAAUCCUUCUUGCUACCAUGGUUACUUCCAUUACUGGCUUAUCAACUUCUGCAAUAGCAACUAAUGGUUUUGUCCGUGGAGGUGGUGCUUAUUACCUGAUCUCACGGAGCUUAGGGCCUGAAUUUGGGGGCUCCAUCGGUCUCAUCUUUGCCUUUGCCAACGCUGUGGCAGUGGCCAUGUAUGUGGUGGGCUUUGCCGAAACCGUUGUGGAACUCCUGAAGAACAGUAAUGCCAUCAUGGUUGAUGCAACCAAUGACAUCCGGAUAAUUGGCGUCAUAACAGUUAUACUUUUAUUGGGCAUUUCGGUGGCUGGUAUGGAAUGGGAAGCAAAGGCCCAGGUGAUUCUUCUAAUUAUCCUUCUGAUUGCCAUCGUAAAUUUUUUCAUUGGGACUGUUAUCCCUAGCAAUGCAGAAAAGAGGGCGAGAGGUUUUUUCAAUUAUCAAGCAUCCAUAUUUGCAGAAAACCUCGGGCCAGAAUUCAGAGGGGAUGAAGGAUUUUUCUCGGUGUUUGCCAUUUUUUUCCCAGCGGCCACUGGCAUUCUGGCAGGAGCCAACAUCUCUGGAGACUUAGAGGAUCCCCAAGAAGCCAUACCUAAAGGAACAAUGCUUGCCAUUCUGAUCACCACCAUUGCUUACAUAGGAGUUGCAAUCUGUGCAGGGAAAAGCCUAAGAAAAGUUGGAAACAUGAGUUGGAACUUAAAAAGAUACCCGGUGGAGGUGUUUAUCAGACAAGGACAAAGGGUUAUGAGCAUGGUUUCAGGGUUUGGACCCUUAAUCACCGCUGGGAUAUUCUCUGCCACGCUCUCUUCCGCAUUAGCUUCACUUGUCAGCGCGCCAAAGGUUUUCCAGGCUCUCUGCAAGGAUAACAUCUAUCGAGCGCUCCACUUUUUUGCCAAAGGAUAUGGGAAAAAUAAUGAACCGAUCCGAGGAUAUAUUCUGACUUUCUUCAUUGCUUUGGCCUUCAUUCUGAUUGCCGAGCUGAACACUAUUGCUCCGAUCAUCUCCAACUUCUUCCUGGCUUCCUACGCCCUCAUCAAUUUCUCUUGUUUCCACGCGUCGUAUGCAAAAUCUCCAGGCUGGAGACCUGCCUUUAGGUAUUACAACCUGUGGGUGUCCCUUUUUGGAGCUGUGCUCUGCUGUGGUGUCAUGUUUGUCAUCAACUGGUGGGCAGCUCUUAUCACAUACGCCAUUGAGUUCUUUCUCUAUAUUUAUGUGACCUACAAGAAGCCAGAAGUCAAUUGGGGAUCAUCUGCCCAGGCACUUUACUACAUUAAUGCCGUUGAGAGCGCAUUGGAACUAACUACAGUGGACGAUCACGUGAAGAACUUCCGGCCUCAAUGCAUCGUUUUAACAGGAGGACCUAUGACAAGGCCGGCUUUGUUAGACAUCACUCAUUCAUUCACGAAGGACAACGGUCUUUGCAUCUGCUGUGAAGUGUUCAUGGGCCCACGCAAGCUGUGCGUUACAGAGAUGAACAGUGGCACGACAACGAAGCAGGCCUGGCUGGCGAAGAAUAAAAGGAAAGCUUUUUAUGCGGCGGUGGCGGCCGACAGCUUUAGAGAUGGAGUCAGAAGUCUUCUUCAGGCCUCUGGUUUGGGAAGAAUGAGACCUAAUACUUUGGUGCUUGGAUUUAAAAAAGAUUGGAGACAUGCCACUGCAACACAAGUUGAAAAUUACACAGGUGCCAUACACGAUGCGUUCGACUUUGAAUUUGGUGUGAUAAUUGUUCGAAUAAGCCAAGGGUUUGAUGUAUCGCAAGUCCUCCAGGUUCAAGAGGAACUGAAGAAGAUGGAGCAGGAGAGACAAGCCCUAGAAGCAACUCUUAAAGAUAAUGAAUUUGAAGAACAAAAUUAUGGUAUCCGUAGAUUCUUUAGAAGAACCACCAAGCUCAACUUUUCAAAGACGAUGCCCAAAAAAGGCUGCAGCAUUAGCACAAUCUCUUCAGUCCACGUUGGGGAAUUCAAUCAACGGCUGCUUGAAGCUAGUCUUCAGUUUAAAAAAAAGCAAGGGAAGGGCUCCAUCGACGUGUGGUGGCUGUUUGAUGAUGGAGGGCUAAUCCUCCUAAUUCCCUACAUUCUGACACUCCGGAAAAAGUGGAAGGAUUGCAAACUAAGGAUCUUUACUGGCGGAAAAGUUACUCGUCUUGAAGAAGAAAAGUUGAUGAUGGCUUCGCUGUUAAGUAAGUUUAGAAUAAAAUUUGCCGACAUUAAUAUAAUUGGAGACAUCAACAUGAAACCCAAUAAAGAGAGCUGGAAAUUCUUUGAAGAGAUGAUUGAACCCUAUCGCCUUCAUGAAAGCUGCAAAGAUUUAACAACCGCUGAGAAAUUAAAGAGAGAGGCACCGUGGAAAAUCACUGAUGCAGAACUGGAAGCAUUCAAGGAAAAGAGUUACCGUCAGGUCCGUUUGAAUGAACUCUUACAGGAGCACUCUCGAGCUGCUAAUCUAAUUAUUCUGAGCCUACCAGUGGCAAGAAAAGGAAUUAUAUCAGAUUACCUCUACAUGGCUUGGUUAGAAAUCCUCUCAAAGAAUCUACCUCCGGUGUUGCUCAUUCGAGGCAACCACAAAAAUGUACUAACGUUUUACUCAUAA